UUGCCUUUCCCAAGGUGGCAGCACUUUCGCUUCCGUGUUUAUGUUUGUGUUCCCAUAAAACGUGCUGUUUUUCACUCAAUAAAAACACCGCACACGCAAUUAUCAUCUGCUGAAUAUUCAGGAAAACAUGAUUUCAUAGAAAACAAUGACUGUCGAAUAUAAAUCAAAGCGUAAAGCAGAUUUGAAAGUCGUCUUGUUGGGCGAAGCAAGUGUUGGAAAGACCACCCUCGUCUACCGAUACAUUUAUGGCAAUUUUCAGGAUACAAUCAGUACAAUUGGUGCUUCGUUUUCGCUGAAACAGUGGGGACCAUACAAUGUUGCCAUUUGGGAUACUGCUGGUGAGGAGCGUUUCUCCGGCUUGAGUUCCUUCUAUUGCCGUGGUGCCUCGGCUGCCAUCCUCUGUUUUGAUAUGACAAGCCAGGUGUCAUUUGAGGCACUUAGUAUCAGAUUCCUGCCGCUAUUAGAAGGAGUUGAAGAGAAAGAAACCUGUCUGAAAGUCGUCGUUGGAACCAAAAGUGAUGUGGUCACGCCAGCAACUCGAGAAGUCACAUCAGAAGAAGCGAUCAAUUUCACCAGGAGCAUCAACAACAUAUCACUGCUGUCGAAAAACGUCCCUUACUUUGAAACGUCGAGUAAAACGGGUGAAAAUGUGUCUUUGUUAUUUGAAUAUAUGUUGGAAAGACUGUUACCACUAGAUGGCACUGAAGUGCGAAAGGACAGGAUGAAUGGAGUCGAUUUGGCGCAAUCCAGGCCUCUUUUUCCUGAGAAGAGUAACAAGUGCUGCUGAUGAUUCUGGUUUUGAAUCGGGAGUGAAAAUGUGAUUCUAUUUUGGAACCUUGGUGAAGGACUAUAUGGAGGAGCAAAAGGGUCAAAUUGGUGGUCUCCGGGUGAACAGUUGGGCAACUUGGUCUGGUUUGACUCUGUGCUAAAGGUAUUCCUUGUACGAGCCUGAUAUGGUUAAUGUACUGUGAAACUGAUGCACUGAUUAUUGAGGCCUUGGCAGCAUCAUGUAACUGUACCUAGCCCAUGGUCACCAUGACAGUGUUUUUUGCUGAAUUCAGGUAAUCCAUCGUAAUACUCAAGUUAUAAGGGUAUUUUUAGGAGGUUAUUCCCACACUUGAAAAUGAGAGUUGUAUAUACUGUACAUGGGGGGUCUGUCUGUUCAGUAUGUAUGCAGGGGACGAGGUUUAAGAAUUGUGCCAAAUAACUGUAAAUAACUGUAGCAGUCUUCCGUCUGCAUAGUUGUCAUACCGACCAAAACCUUUAUAGCCUAAAAAUGCCAUUUCUACCAAUGAGCGACAAUCAGGUACCGUACACCACAGUACUUUCUCAUUGUUUUAUUUCUCAUUCACAAAAUCCACCAAAUUAAAAUGCCCACGAAUAUUUGGUGGUUGACAUUAUGUGCAGAAUGUAUUAAUGCUCGCCAUAAAAAAUAAAGAAUUGAGAUAAUGUUUUACAAAC